AGACCUGUGUUAGGUUUUACAGUUUUUUUCAGAUAGUUUAUAUGAUGUUAUAGAAUAUCUAUGGAUUUCCCAUGCACACAACAGCUGGAUUUAGACGAAACAUUUGUUUCAAACCAAGGAUGAUGAUGAUUGUGGUGAAAGGAAACAAAUUGGGAAACUUGUGAUUAACAACCAGGGAAAAGUAGAAAGAAUACCCGAUAUUAGAAGGAGAGAAUAUUAUUGGUAGACAUUCGGAUUGUGGAGUUUGUAUUGAAAAUGGGAUAGCAUUGAGCAAGCAGCAUGCUUGUAUCGAGGUAGUUGACGACCAGGUAUUUGUCUACGAUUAUGGAAGUCGUAACAAAACAAGACUCGGGAAAAUGAAGUUGAAGCCACAAGUUCGAUAUUCAAUAAAACAUGGAGAUAAAAUAAAGUUUGCGAACAUAGAAUGCACAUAUAAUCAGGUUCAUGCUGCAUUGGAUUCCACAUUUGAUUCCUGCACAAAUAUUAAGUCAACUUGGAUGAAAUCAGCAAUAUCAACCCCAAUUUCAUCAACAACAACAUUACUUGCUGCUGAUACACCGGAAACAUCUUUCAAGAAACCUCUUCAACAAGUUGAUGAUGAUUUUGUUCCAGAUUCCCAACCAAUCAAUGAAUCAAUUCUAGAAAGCUCUGUUAUUUCUGUGGGACAAGAGUUUUGAGUGCAAGGAAAAUUUAUUACGAAAUGAAAAUUUGAAUCCUAAUAUGCAGAAUCAGUGUAAAGAGGCUAUUACUGAAUAUGAGGUCAACAAUAACAAACAAUCACCAAUCCAUUGUGACAUUCCAUCAGACCUUGAUGAUUCAGUUCUUCUCACUGUUGACUCGCCACAGACAUCUUAUAAAAUGAACGAGAAAUCUGAAAGGUCUGUUAAUGACGACUCAGAUGAAACAGAUGUAGAGGAAGACAUUUUGGUUGCCCAGAAUGUUGAUGGAAACUCAAAUCCGUACUUGGCUGAAACCCAGGUUGAUACUAAAGAAAAAGAAACCCAUAUUACUAAGAAUGAAGAGAGUGGUAAGGCAAGGAAAAGAGAGUCUGAAAACACUAAGGAAACAGAAGAAAACAAUGAAGAAUGUUGUCAUGGGAACAGUGAUGACAUCAUUAGUCCCAGCAUAAACUGCAAUAGUGAAAACAAUGAUGUUGUGGACAGUGGGGAUGAAUGCUCACUCCUGCCAAGUGUGGAACGCAACUCACAAGUUGUGGUUGGUCAAGUUGAUGUGGAUUUAAAUAAUGUUAAACAUCUGGAUCACGUUAGGAAAGAUGUUGAUGAUGAGCAUCAAGUUGUAGAAGAUGUUGAAGAUCUGGAUCAAGUUGGGAAAGAUGUUGAAGAUCUGGAUCAAGUUGGGAAAGAUGUUGAAGAUCAACAUCAAGUUGGGGAAGAUGUUGAAGAUCUUGAUCAAGUUGGGGAAGAUGUUGAAGAUCUUGAUCAAGUUGGGGAAGAUGUUGAAGAUCUGGAUCAAGUUGGGGAAGAUGUUGAAGAUCUGGAUCAAGUUGGGGAAGAUGUUAAAGAUCUUGAUCAAGUUGGGAAAGAUGUUGAAGAUCUGGAUCAAGUUGGGGAAGAUGUUGAAGAUCUGGAUCGAGUUAGGGAAGAUGUUGAAGAUCCGGAUCAAGUUGGGGAAGAUGUUGAAGAUCUGGAUCAAGUUGGGGAAGAUGUUGAAGAUCUGGAUCAAGUUGGGGAAGAUGUUGAAGAUCUGGAUCAAGUUGGAGAAGAUGUUGAAGAUCCGGAUCAAGUUAAAGAGAAAUCAAUUUCUUCUUCAGAGUUUAGGAACAACGAUGAUGAGGUGUCAUCUGUAGAAAGAACCAUUGAGCAUAUUAAAACACCGCCAAUUGAUGGUGCUAUUGCUAAACAACCUUCUCAUACUAAUAAUGGGGAUUUAGGCAGGGAACAAAUAAAUGUUGCAAUCAACAAGGAAGGUUUACAGUUAAAUGAAAAUAGUGUUGACACAGUAUUAGAUGAAAAAAAGAAUGAGGAAACUUCAUCAAGUAGAUCUCCCAAAGAACAUGGGACAUCAACAUCAGACUUAGCAUACAGUGGGAAUGGUGAGACCUCAACAACGUCCCCUGCUUCUGCAAAUAGUGGUGGUGAAAACAUAUCAAGGUUAGAGAAUAAUGUGGAUUGUGAUGUAACGAACAAUGAUGCAAGCCCAGCACAAGGGCAUGAACACAAUGCGAACAGAAAUAUUUCUGAGUUGGAAACAUCUUCAGAGAUGAAUAAAACACCAACAAAGAAUCCUCAGUUUCAAUUAUUGGAAGAUAGUUUUGUUGAUUUUUCUCCACCUUCUCCCGAGAAUGAGAAUGAAACACAGGAUUGUGGAUUCACAUAUACCGAGAAUAUUUAUGCUAACUGUUCAACUCAGCCUUACCGUGAUAGUGGCCAUAGGGAGAGGGAUACCGUUGUAGGAGAUGUUCCAAGUUGGGAUGAUGUUGCACUAAGUCUUCCAACGGAAACUGUGGCACCAAGGCAUUCAGAAUCAACAUCAACUAUUUCAACACCAGCCAAUUCAACAACAAUUCUUGCCUCAACAACAACUCCACCAUCAACCUCCAGAGCAAGAAGAUCUCGACAGAGGACGUCCAGACAAGGUUUGUAUGAUCAGGAACCAACAUCUACAGAUUGUAUUGAUGAUCCUACGUCAGUGGGUGUUACUGCCAUGACAACUAGAAGUAGAAACAAUAGAAAAUCAUCAAGUGUAGAAAAUAAGAAAGCUACCCGAACAAAACAAAGGAGGUUAAAUAAAAAGUGUGAAAAACCUGAAAACACUUGAUUGAAAAUGUAUCUGGAACCACUGGAAGUGAUAAUGGUUCAGGAGGAGCAACAUCCAGAAGAUCAAAGAGGAAAGUUGGGAAGAAAAAGAGUUCAAUGAAGCGUAACGCAGUGAAACAGGAAGUGACAUCACCGAAUAAAAAUAUCGUCCAAUCAGAAUCAACUAUUUCAGUAAAAAUUGAAAAUGUUGAAAACAAUGAAAAUAUUAGAAAAUCACAAAGAAACGGUAAGAAAACCUUUUUAAGUGGUAACUCACCUAAACCAGAGACUAGAAAGCGAAGAAGCACGCAAACAGCUCCACCGAGUGACCAAAGUAUUUCCUCCCCAG